AUGAAGAGAGAAAAAACGUUUAUUGAAGGAGAUAUAUCUGCUAUCGCGAAAAUCCUUUCAAAAGCCUACCACCAACAUCAACGUCACCGUUCAGUACGUCCCCACCAAGGGCCCGGUCAUCUUGCGCACCGACGCCAACGUCAACGCCGUCGUCGACCCGGACACGCUCGAGCUCCACCAGUUCUUCUCCUUCACAGGCAUCAACCCGGCCCUCAAGGGCGUACGUCCCGGAGCCUGACCAGACUCGCAUUGCCGUGCAACUUGCAUCCAUCGCCUCCACCUAUACGCCCGGCCAAAAUCUCAUCGGCUAGCAGCAGGUGA